AUGAAAAAAACUGAUACAUUUAGUUUUGGACCUUGGAAAAUAACUACUGCGAAAGGAGCCAUUUUAAAAGCAGGAGAUGUUGACAGGUAAACUUAAGCUUAAAACUUACACUUGACAACAUUAUACACUUAAUGUCAGAUCCCGAGGGAAACAGUUAGUUUUGUUUUCCCAAGAGUCCUGAUGUUUCCCGAGACGAAGUCGAGGGAAACAUCAGGACUCGAGGGAAAACAAAACUAACUGGUUUCCCGAGGGACCUGACAUUAAGUGUUUUAUUAUAUUUCUAGACUUUCGCUUCAACAGCAACAAAAGAAUAACGGGAGCGAACCAAAACAGUCGACUCGGCACUUAUAACAACACAAAUUUAAUUCUCAAAACCACUGAAUGAAUGAUUUACAAACAAAAGUACUUUCCUCAUAUUAUCUGCAUCUUUUUCCUCCACUAGCUGCUGUUUUUCUUCUGGAAACUUCUGGGAUAACUUUAAAAAUCGUUGCUUUUUAGCUUGAGGCUUCGUUUUCGUGUUGUUGUGUUCAUUCACGAAAAAGAAAACUGGCUGGACCUGGCGGUGUUUUUCCCGCCUUCUGUCACACCACUUUCCACCAUGCUUUGAUCACGUGCUGCAAUGUGUCCCGAGCGGGAUACAUUGUUUAAUGUAUCACGAUCGGGAUACAUUUGAUUUUAGUCAAGGCCACGUGACCAAGAAUCAACCAAUGGCAGUCCCUGUUUAGUUGAGGGAAAUUCUAGGAAUAUAACAAUAAAUUUUAUCAGUGUUGUAAUCUUGUGCAGGUAUUUGACAUCUCUCUGGAUGUGGGUGUGUUCCAUUUUUAACUUGAAGGUUUAAUACUUUUUCGUCAGCAACAUUGCAAAACAGAUGCAAAGGGUCUAGAUUUGCCCAUCUUCUUUAAAGAAAAAAUCCAAACCCCCUUAUUCAAAAAACUCAACACCCUUAGGGGGCUGGUGGUUAAAAAGUGUAAGGUUAUGUGAUCUGAUAAGUAUUAGAAAUAAAAUAAUAACUGGACAUUGCCAUAAAUAGGCCUUCCAAGAGCCUGUAGACUCUACAAACAAAAUGGCCCCGAAAUCUGGUAAUGAUCUUGUCACAAAGCACCAACCAGAGACAGAAAAAGCUGAAUGAAUUGUGACAGCGGCAAUCAUUUUUAUAUGAAGGGAAAGCAACAAUCUACUCAGUUUUGUAGUUGAACUAUUUCAGCUGCAAAAUAAAAAUCUCCCCUCUCUGGACCAGCAGGGAAAAUUUCAUGCUAGCAAAUGCAACAGUGCCAUUUUUUCUUAACCUACCAGGUAAGUAGGGGUGGUGAAUGGUACCUCGAAAAACGUGGGUAUCGGAAAAUGCUGGCAGGAUCUCGAAAUCUCGGAAGCGUUUUUGAUGAGUCUCAAAGUCUUGUUUUUGCAUGGUUUGUUUUUACUUUUUUUAGCUCAUGGAUGACGUAGUCAUGCCAUGGGCUUUUGUAGGCACUCAAAUGGCACUCGAUCACUCACUCACUCACUCACUCACUCGAUUCUAAUUAAUUUAUUCAUUAAAGUCAGAUUAGACACUUUACUCUUACCUCCCUUACUUAGUAUUACUUUUGUUCCAAGUGCCUUUUGCGCAUAUGUUUGGAAUAUUCUAGAGGGUACUACUAAGGCGAAUUUUUUUCCCGACACAUCAAUUAUAGAGAUGGGUUUUGUAUAAAUGGAAAGAUUCUAAAGAACACUGAUAAAAUCAUCCGCAAGAAAUGGACUUAGAAUUGUUAAAAGGACAUUGAAAUAAUUGAGCGUGGUUCAUUGUUGCAUAUUUGGACGAAUUGUGCACGUUUGUUCCCGAUAUUAUACUUGAUGUGGAGAAGAUACAAUCAACAGGAGUGUGAAAGAGCUAUUGCGGCCUGACGAUGGGAUUUCGUUCAGCUAAAAGCGAAUAAGCCAAAGAGCCUUAUAAUCACUACACUCCUCGAGUUGUUAAAGCCACAUUGAGGAGUAUCUAUUGUGGUUUAUUCAGUUAUUUGGACGAAUCCGUUCAACCAUUUGUCUACUAUUUUUACCAUUCGCCACCCCUGUAAGUGCAGGCAGUCUCAGAAAUGACUGACAAAGUGACUGCAUAACAUCUUAAGAAGGGCUCCAUUAAAGGCCAAAAUGCUGGUUGUACAGGUUACCGGUGAUAGUCACUAAUAUUCACUUGAUCUCUGGUACUACGAUUAGCCUGUGCUAUUGGCAAUUAACUGAUUGAACAUAUUACUCCUGUACUUGCAAUAGUAGAAUUGUAGGGGUCAGCUGUGCUGAUGGUUGUGUAAAGUAGGGCAAAUGUCCAAGAUCCUCAAGGGAGGCUGGUGGGGUGUACUGUAUGAUUGAUAAGUGGAGUAACCGUGAACUAACCCUCCCCUAGUUUUACAUGAAGUAAGGCUGUUAUUAAAUUGCUGUACAACACUUUAUGAUUUAAUCACUCCUCAAAUUUUUAUUGACAUAGGUCAGAAAAGGACUGUGAAUAUUAGGACCUGUGACCAAUAUUAUAUAAAUAAUUAAGAAUAAUCACCUUAGAGCUGCUACUGGCUUUUAAGGUAAUUUACUUUUUUAUUAUUUUUUUCUAUUAAUCAUGUGUAGAAUCUCUGCUGAACUUGAGCUUCCCUCCCUUCCUGAAAUGGUGUUUGGCGACAACAUUCUGCAGAUCGAUCACAGUGCAGGGUUUGGAAUUCAAUUCAAUGCAAUAGAUGCACUUAAAGGUGUGGAUAACAGACAUGACCUUAUGAAAGUUGCUGUAGCAGAAGAGUGGCAGAGUAAAAGGUAAUGGAGAGGAGAAGUUGUUAUGCCAUGUUGCCAUGCAGGUAGCAAAAUUUCUAGAUCUCAACAAACCAUGAUCCUGCAAAUAUCGCAGGAAAAAAUGAAAAUGUUUGACACAUAUGACUUUCCUGUGCAUGAUUGAACUCAGGAACAAAGUGGUAGCCAAUACAAUGUACUCUUCUUCAUCAUUUGGCAAUGUAAAUAACCAUCUCUGUCAAGAAAGAUUGUUAAGAUCCAUGAGUUUUGCUUCCAUGGUAAGGUGACAUCACCCCUCUCCUCUAUUGCUAUGAUAGGUCUACUGCUAAUUAAAAUUAUGUGAACUGAAGAUAUGUACUGUACUUGUAUUAUUUUUCAAUCCUGACUGUACUGCACCAUUUAUUGUCUUUUUUGACAAUGCCACUGAUUAAGUUGUGGAGCAAUAAUUUAUUAUUAAACCGUAUACUAUACUGCAUUUAAAGUGAUGCACACUUUGUCAGGUUGUCAUGGUUCACAUUUCUCCAUGGUUUGCAAAUUUUAUCGACCCUAAUAUGUCUUUAUAAUCAAUCAAAUUAUAUUAAUAAGAAAAUAUUUUAUAAAACAAUUCAUUGCAUUUUAUUUUUGUGUAGCAUACAUUAUUUGCGGGGAUUUGCAGUUCUUGGAUCUUGCAUUCUUUUAUUUUUAGGGCCUUAAAGCUAUUUACACAUGCUUUCUGAGAAUUACAGAUUUGUUUGUUUGUUUGAGUUUGUUUUUUCAUUUAUCCUAAUCUUCUUUGAAACCAUUCUUUCUUUAGACAAGAUUCAGAAUAUAUAAAGGAAGUGAUAAAACCUUUUGACUGGACGUUCACAACAGAUUACAGGGGUACAUUGACAGGCAAAAACAAGAUGACCAUGAAGGUAAAACCUUUUUUACAUUGUCAUUAAUUAAUACAUAAUUUGUUGUGUUAAUGUACAAACCUAGGGCAAGGGAAACAGCUUUUUGUUAUAUGUAUUUCUUUAAUCCAGCAAGUGGGCACAUUAAGCACUUGAUGAUAAUAUACAAAUUUAAAACAACAUGCCAAUUGACUUAACUGACACAAUAACGUGACUGUUGACAUUAGAUGUAGUACAUAGCUCGUCAUGGAAUUUCCAGUCCUUAAUACAUUUCAUUUACAGAAGGGCAGUCCUUAAUACACAUCAUUUGCAACCAAAAUUUGUUGUAUCACAUCGCUUGCAAUUUUCGAAGGGUUUUUAGGUUUUUCUGUUCUGUCCCGAAAAUCAUUUGAGUAGGGGUGCACUUGCCCUGCUUCACAAGGAAAAACAAAACUGCAAAUGACUCUAAACUACUCAAUAAUAGCAAAGGAAAUCGCGAUGGUGAGUGGAAUUUUUGUCGAGGGAAGGAGCCAGACAUUGCUUUAUUCAUGCAAGUGGGGUAGACAUUCAUAAGAAAGAUAAAAAAAGUCUUCGAACCAAAUGAGUCAAUUAUUGCCUGAAACAGGACGAUCACAGAAACAAACAAAAUGGAUCAAAACCCACCAAUCACAAACCAUAACCCUUUUGAACUCAUUCAAGUAAACAUCUGUUUCCUAACUGAGAGGUCCGCUAAGAUGAUUGACAGAACAGAAAAACCCAAAAUUCCUUCGAAGUUUGCAAAACGAGCAGCGCGCGAUACAAUGAAUUUGGCUGUAAAGUGUAUUCUUUAAACUCACCAUCGAAGGCAUAAUUCUAACAAAUCAAGUUCUAAUCUAACCUUUGACGGUACAUGUUCUGUCAUGAAACUGCAUUGUGAGGCUGGUCCCCUUCAGCAUGUGCAAUAUGCACGGCAUCUCUAUUUUAUAAAUGUUUCAGUUUGGAAGCAGCUUCACUACAUUAUCUCCACCAGAGUGCAGUUUUCUUAUCUUUAUGGCAACAAUUAUUAUAGUGGCUUCCAUAGCCUUGUUCAGUGAUCUGUAUUCCUUUCAGGUGGAGUCUACUGAUGAGAGAAUAGAUAUGGAACAGUUGAAAGUCAAAGAAAAGAUCUACUUCUAUGAGGAUGUCAUAUUGUUUGAAGAUGAACUAGCAGAUAAUGGGAUUUCUAAAUUAAAUGUAAAAAUGGUAAAGACUAAAUGUCUUGUAUAAUAUGUAAUGGUAACAGGACUGAGUGGAGUCCAAUUCAGUCUGUAAUCAUACGAGUGAUUAACAAAAUCGGACGACUGCGUAGCGGGAGUCUGAUUUGUUUAAUCCCGAGUAUGAUUACAGACUGAAUUGGACGACACAAAGUUCUGUUACCAAUUAAUCAUAACUUUAACAAAAUUUGUGAUACAAUAGGCUAUUUUUUUAAACCAAAACACAAGAAAUUCGAAAUUUUGUUUCGCUAGCAGUGAAAAAAAAAAGCCAUUUAAGUGCGCGCGUGAUGGCGCGUACUGUCCAAUUACUUAGGCAUGACGCGUACUGUCCUAUUAAGGCUGAAAUCAGGGCAGUUGAGAGCCAAUCAGAUUUGACAAUUUUGUCAUAGGUAUGAUUAUAUAAAUAAUAAUAGAGUGUUUUCACAUGACGUCACGGCGGCCAUAUUGGUGUCCCAAAACAAUGAAACGGCGGCCAUAUUGGUGUCCCAAACCAGUCCUGGGGGAGUUGAACUCUUUUCUUAUGCAAACGCUUUCUUUUGUUCCAAUAAAUUUGCAUAGAUGCUGACCACGUGAGUGAAAACACUCUAUAAAAAAUUGUACAUCAAAAUACUUCAAAUACUUCAAAAGAAAAAGAAAAGUUCAUAUGCUCUUUUUGUCACUUGUAGCUUGAGGUGUAAAGGGUAAGGCAACUCGCCCAUGUAUCCCCUUCUCGUGCACAUUACCUGUAUUGUAUUUCUCAAAAGCACCACACAGGCCAGCAUUUCCUCGCAGUCUUUCAUUGUAGAAGUAGGGAGACUUUGAGCAAUUAAGACAGUUAGGAAUAUAUUGCCAUGUUCCUACAAAAUAACUUGGAGUUGUAUUGUAGCAAAAAGGUGCUAAUUUUAUGGUAUAAGCAGAGGGGGUGGUGUAAAAUAGGUAUUGUGAAAGAAAACAAAUUUAUUUUCAUAGUCAUUAACAUUAGCGUUGAUAAUAAAUCGUAGAAUGAGUGACUUUGAAGAAAAUUUGUCUUUUCUUUUUCAGCGUGUCAUGCAAGGUGGCUUCUUUUUACUUCUGAGGUUUUUCAUGCGAGUGGAUGGUGUCCUUAUUAGAAUCAAUGAUACAAGAAUAUACCACAAGGUAAAAAUAAGUAAAGUGAAACUGUGUCAUCACUCAGAUGGUUACAUGUACAUCAUAGGAUUUGAUUUACACAAACCCAAAAGUUACAACUACAUGGGACAAUACCCAAAGUAAGUCUUGUGUGCAUGUCAAGAAAAAUCAAGCCUGUACCCAUGGGAUAUUUCACAGUAUACCACUCGAAAGCACUACAUAACUAGCAUGUACACAAUAAACCACCCUUAUGCUUGUCUUAGGAUGCUAGCCUGCGUGCGGACUUCUUUUAUGCACCCAGGCUAUAGGACACUUACUAUUCGGUCCGAACUGACCGGCCACACUAGUUCAGCCAUAUGAGUCCAUAAUUUCUAAGAAGUAUGCAAGGUAGCGAUGUGUUUUAAGGAAACUGGCUCAACCAAAAAGCUGUAACUGUCUCAUUUUUUUUGUGAGAGAUAUGAAACUUUUAUCAUCUUCCAUUAUUAUGUCUAAAUAUUUCAGGCUGGUUCUUCGUACAUGUUACGAGAAUAUUCCUCAAAAGAAAGAAAAAUGGAAGAAAUCUUGGGACUCAAGGUAUAGUUAUCCUGAAAUCUCUACGCACCCACCUCCGAGGAAGGUCGGCUUCUUUGUUUUGUUUUGUUGCUUCGUUCAUUGGCCGAGUGAAAACAAAGAAGCCGACCUUCCUCGAAGGUGGGUGCGUAGAGAUUUGUCUUAACGAAGUAAUUUCACCCUCUCCCGGUGAGUUAUUAUUUGACGCUAGCGCCCAGUCACCGCCGAGCGACAAAACGGUUGAAAUGUUACACUUUUCCUACUCACGGAUAAAUGGCGGCGAUUUUUGAACUAUAGUUGAUCUUUUCGAUCGAGUUGUGCGAUCCAAACGCAAUUACCGGAACGGAUUGCAGGAAGGUGAUCUUAAGGCACCACUUUGUGGAUUCGGCGGCGUAAAUUGUAAGUGUGUUUGUCUUUUCGCGUGAAAUUUGGAGCUGAUUCUGAGCAGCUUUGAAGAUCGAGCGAGCGAUUUUGUCCUACCUUGUCUCUUAUUAUUACACUGUCAGGUCAGAUGAUGUAAAAGUACUCAAAUCGCGCUAAAACUUCGUAAAAACAAAGACAACGACUCCAGCUAACAAUAUUUACACUUUAUUGAUAACUUUUAUCGCUUUUACUUCAUUUAUUUCAUCUAAGUUUCAAACUCUAUUUUUCCCAUACAAACUUUCAUAUUACGCUUGGGCCACCGGUGAUUUGCACUUUAGAUUAAUCUUUUUGUUUUCUAAAUAUAUCGUAGAUCAAAGCCUGAUCAGGAAAUUAUUAACAAUUCAUCGAGUUUUAAGUUAUUCUUAGUGUUUAUCCGACACCAGGGCCCAGUUGUUCGAAGGCCGAUUAGCGCUAACCCGGGUUUGUUUUUUCUUUUCAUCAAAAGCAUUUUUCAGGAAAAUUUUCUCUGUUAUUUUUAGAGUAGCCAAUCAUCAAAUUGUUGACAAAAUUUGCUUUUUAAGCUUUCAUAUCUGAAUUCAAAUUUCGAACUAACCCUGGGUUAUCUUAACCCAGCUUUGAACAACUCGGCCCUGAUGUAUAUAUUUGCUAAUGAAAUGAGUGUCGGUGUCUAACCAGCCCCAAGGCCACGCACUGUAAUCUUUUAUUAUUACUAGUUGGUGUAGGCAGGGGCACCCAAAGAAAGAUAUAGUUCAAAACCACUUAACAUAGUAUUGUUGAACGUAUUUUAGUAUUUAAACGGCAGAUAUAGGCAUAUUUUUAUCUCCUAAAAACUUUUCAUCUGUUCGGAUUUCCUAGCUGAAAGUCUAGUGAUCCGAAAAUUAUAGGGAUCAAAAUUUACCUUUUCGAAAAUUUCAGCCAGAAAAAAGGCUCCCGAAAAUUCUAGGUGACCUUUUUUAGGAUAAAUAUCCGUUUAAAAUGGGUAAUUGUACCAUUUUGUAGAUGUUCGAAAAUCCUAGGAGAGGCAGGCAAGCAAGAAAUUUUACAACAAAUGUUCCGAAAAUUCUAGUUCUCAAAUCGUCUUCCGAACAGAUAUUUUCCCGAAAAUUGCCGUUGGGUGCCUCUGUGUAGGUAAUAACAUGAUUAUUAAAAUCAUGCUAUGAUUUGUUUAUACUACUUCCUGCAAAUAGUUUGUAAUUUUCAUAUGUAGGUAUUUCAAAUUAAACUGAAAUACCACUGCUCUAAGCCAAUCAAAUUGCAGAAAUUUCUCACGUAUUAGUAUAAAUUUAUUUAUUUGUUUGUUUGUUUAGGUUCCUAUCACAGAUCCCACAGAGCUAGCUCAGCAUUUAGUUCUCAAGAACGAAAUAUUUGAGAAACUUUCCUUUCCCGAUGGAGUCGAUGAGAAGUUUGGCGUGGAGCAAUCUGUAUGUCAAGGAUGA